AUGUCGUUUGAAACCGGAAACUUGGUGUUUAAAGACUCUAUGAACUUUUUCAAUAUGAAGCUGGAUAAAUUUCCGGCAACAUUUAAUCUGCAAGAGCUUCACAAAGGUUACUUUCCGCACGCCUUUAACCGAGCGGAAAAUUUCAGUUACCGAGGAGUGUACCCACUAGCGGACCAGUACUGCCCUGACGACAUGCUGGAAAAGAAGAGAGAAAAAUUCCUCACCUGGCACGCUCAAAAAAUCAGAGGAAACGCCGUCUUUGAUUUUCAAGAAGAACUGCUGCGCUGCUGUGAGAGUGAUGUUCAAUUGCUUAAACAACAAAGUCAAGGUAGCCAUUAUCUAUCGGACACCGUUCUCUGAAAAACACCCAGUAACUGUAGCCACCUUUCUCAGCGAUAUUGCUGAAUACCUAGAAUCAAUUGUGCUGUCAUCUGAACGUCUCCUCAUUGUAAGAGACAUGAAUAUUCAUAUGGACGUCCCAGAUGAUGCCGACGCUAUAGAGUUUUUAGAUCUCCUGGAGUGCAUGGGGCUAACACAACAUGUGAUUACACCAACUCACCAUUCAGGACACUUUUUAGACUUCAUCAUUACACGGGACCUGGAUGGCCUUGUUCAGACCUCUCCCAUCUCUGACAGUUUCUUGUCAGACCAUUGCACUGUUCUAUCUGAACUAACUCACUGUAUGCCGGCUACAACUGUUGAGGAGGUCUUCUACCGGAAGACUAAGGCUAUUGACAUUGAAUCGUUCAAGGAUGAUCUCAGGAAAUCGAGACUAUGCCAGGACCCACCCGAUACACUUACAGACCUUUUUUCCUGUUACGGUUUAACCAUGACCGGCCUUUUAGAUAAACAUGCUCCACUUCAGAAGAAGACUAUCACGGUUCUUCCGCAGGUUCCUCGAUUCAAUAACGAAAUCAAGGAAGCCAAGCGUUUACGUAGACGGAAUGAAAGAAUAUGGCGAAGGACAGGGCCCGAGUCAGACAGGGUAAAAUUCAUCAAGGCACGCAAUCAUGCAAAUCACGUGAUGGAGGAAGCAAGGCGUGACCAUUAUUUCAAUCUUAUUAAUGAAAAUGAUUGUGAUCAGAGAAAGCUUUUCAAGUCGGCUAGUGCACUGCUAGGAGGGUCGUCAAAGGAACAAUACCCCAAACACUCUGACCCUGCUUUGCUUGCUAAUGAUUUUGGGAGAUUCUUUACACAAAAGAUCGAUGACAUUCGCUCAAAGCUGGACAGAAUUGACCCCUCAUCAAAUCAGCCUGACUACCCGACCAGGAGUAGCGUCCAAGAGCACUCGCAUACUGGCACACCCUUCACUAACUUCGAGCCUAUAUCGUCUGAAGGUAUCAAAAAAACUGGUGCUGAAUGCCCCAAACAAGACUUGCGACAAUGACCCUAUACCUACCAGGAUUGUUAAACACUGCAUUAAUGAACUCUUACCGACCAUUUCCAACAUGGUUAAUCUUUCGCUCAGUAGUGGUCAUUUUCCUAACAUUUGGAAGGAGGGUUUAGUGAAACCAAAGUUAAAGAAAGUCAACAGGGAUUUGAUAAAGAAAAACUACCGGCGCGUCAGCAAUCUCGCAUUCCUUUCAAAGAUCACUGAAAAGGCAGCUACACUACAAAUCUCUGAUCACGUGUCAUUCAAUCAGCCUACCGCAAAUAUGACAGUACGGAGACUGCCUUACUGCGCAUCCGUAACGACAUACUACUAGUGUUCCUAGAUCUAAGCGCUGCCUUUGAUACAGUAGAACAUGAUAUAUUACUGCGGCGCCUGGAAUACAAAUUUGGAAUUAAGAUCCAGCAGUAACGUGGUUCAAAUCCUAUCUGUCGAAUAGAUCCCAGCGUAUUGUAAUCGGCAGUGCAAAGUCAGACAGUUUUGAUCUGAAGUUUGGGGUGCCACAGGGCUCCUGUCUUGGCCCAAUGCUGUUCUCCCUUUACACUAGUGAGCUUUUUGAUGUCAUUAGCCGCCACUUGCCAACAGCGCACAGUUAACGCCGAUGAUACCGGUGUCUAUUUGGCAUUCAAUCCAAACGAUGAUUCCGAUCUAGCCUGAAUUUCAUCCGAUUACUUCGAGUCGUUAUUACUCCCUCAGUAACGUCUGAAUUGACCGGCCGUUUAAUGCCGUCCAGUGACGUCAGUUCUCCUGGACCUUUGCUUUAAUUCAUGCAAAAAGUAGGACACGAUUUUCAAGGGGCAAACCGAGAAAUAUCGUUUCGAAAUUUCUCUUAUUACUUGGUGUUACGGUGCACGAAUUUAUGCUAAUUAGUAUAUGCCAAUGUCUAGUCAAUGGCUUCUGGUUUUUCGACCAUCAUUCAUUUUUUAACGUUCAAACUAUCAACUGCUUGCAGUACAACUCUGAACGACGAAGAAGAAAGCAACCUUUCUGAACCUGACCCCGAACCAAGCCAAAGAUCUCCAAAAGACGCUAAAAAGAAGAAAGACAAGAAGGAGAGCAGACGCGGAACCACCUCUUACAAAAAAUACGAACCACCGGACCAGAAAAGAAAUCAGAGCCGUAAACGCCGCUACAGUGAAACACUGUCGGAAGAAAGAAUAAUAGAACAAUCAGAGGAGGCUCUAAAAGCCCUGGAUAGGCAUUCCCAAAGACGAACAUGCCCAAAGACAUUACAAUACAAAGCACGAGCACGCAUAAGGGCAGAUGAAGCCUUUAAAACAGACAUUAAAAGGAUACGAAAAACAACAAAACAAGAGGUGGUGAACGCCCUAAUCAGGUACCAUGAAAGGAGAAUAGCUGAAAGCAAAAAAUCAAUCAAGCGGCAAAAGAGACCGACAGGAACUGUAAACAAGAAAUCAAAGGACAAUAAGAACACUCAUGAGCAAAAUGUAAAAGAGAUAGCUGAAAACAUCUUUAAAAAGUUCAACGAGUUUAAAAACCUCAUGAACACAAUGUCAAAUAAAAGUGGUGAACAGUAUGCCUGUCUACUUACUAAGUCCAACUUAUAUAACAAGGAUGUACAGGAAAACAACAAACUGUCAAAAUCAGGCAGUAAAAAGCGUAAAGAACGCACAACCUCAAAAACACAAGCUUAUAAAAGAACACAACUAGAAAGAAACAAGGGGUACAUAAAGAACUUAUCCAGUCAAAACAUCACAGACAAUGAAAUAAAUUUACUCUCUAAAGGGUUAAAAUUUAUACCCACACCAUUAACAAAAGAACAACAUAUCAGGCGUCAACUUCUUCAGGAUUUUGAGCAAUUUGCGAGAAGAAUGCGCCUGAAAUAUAUCUUUCAUGGGCAAAAUAACAAACCACAUCCUUAUCACGUAAAAUCAAACUGGAUACCACAAGUUCAACCCUCGGUUGCACUCGAAAGUUAUCUUGAAGAGGUUAAAUUACAACUGGCAGAAAUUAAAUUGUCACAGCCAAAAAACAAUCCGUCAUCAAAAGAACGAGAAGCACUACAAUCUUUAAAAAGAAACAAAGAUCUUAAUGUGAAAAAAGCAGACAAAAGGUUCCUGUGUCGUUAUUAUGGACACAGAAAACAAAAUAAACGAAGGUCAAACACUACUUGACAACUCGAAACACUAUAGACCUUUAGAUGAACCGAUGGUUGAGGAAACUCAAUAUAAAGUGAAACAACUAAUACAAGAACUACAUGAAAAUAAAAACAUUGAUGACAUGACAAAAAAAUGGCUGUCACAAACACCGAGCCCGCCUAGAAUUCCCAUAUUCUACACCCUAACUAAAAUUCACAAGCCUACACCAGUAGGUAGGCCAAUAAUAUCAGGUUGUGACGGACCAACAAAAAGAAUCUCAGCAUUUCCUGAUAGGCUGUUGCAACCUAUAACACAAAGACAGGCUUCUUAUCUUAAAGACUCUACAGACUUCAUUAAUUUCAUAGAAAGCACAGAAGUCCCAAAGCACGCGACCAUUGUUUCAAUGGACGUGACAAGUCUAUAUACCAACAUUCCACAGGAAGAGGAGAUCAAAACUAUAUGCAAAGCAUAUGUUACUCACUACAAAGAUAAACCCCCGAUUCCAACACAGUCACUUGAACGAGCGCUCAGACUCAUUUUAAAAGAAAAUUCAUUCCAUUUUAUGGAAAAAAUUACCCCCAAACACACGGGACAGCGAUGGGAACAAAGGUCGCUGUUGCUUUCGCAAAUAUCUUCAUGGAGAAAGUAGAAACAGAGUUAUUAAAAAAGAGCGCAAUAAAGCCUAUCUGUUGGAAAAGAUAUAUAGACGACAUCUUCUCUCUCUGGGGUACCGGAAGAGAACAAAUAACACACUUCAUUGAACAAGCAAAUAAUCACCACGCCACUAUUAAAUUCACAGCAGAAAUCUUUGAGGAAAAAGUCACAUUUCUGGAUACAAUUGUGUACAAAGGCAAACGGUUUAACAGUACGUCAAUUCUCGACGUACGAACGCAUUUUAAACCUACUGAAACUUUCCAAUAUACGUCUUUCCACCCAUUAGGGGUCAAGAAGGGCUUUAUAAAAGGCGAAGCCCUCCGGUUACUCAGAACAAAUUCCUCAAAAGAAAACUUUCAAAACCGACUAGAAGAAUUACAAAAGCACCUUAGAGAGAGAGGAUAUCCACGAAACUUAAUAACUCUAACUCUCUCUGAAAUACACUUUGAGAACAGGAAAGUAGCACUCCGACAAAAACCAUCAAGAGAGAAAGCCAUUUUUCCCUUUGUCACGCAGUAUCAACCAUCACUUCCCAGCCUUAAAAACAUUCUUAUGAAACACUGGCACCUGAUAGAGAAACAACCUCUUCUGAGACAGAUCUACAAAGAACCUCCAAUUAUAUCAUACAAACGAGGAAGGUCUCUGAAAGAUAUACUCGUAAAAGCUAAACUCUGAGAUUUAAAGGCUAAAACACGUGGGUGGAAGCGUGAGUCAGGCUUGUCAACCCCUAUGAUAUUUCAAUGGAAUCCCUUAGAAUAUUAGAAUCUGCCGAGAAAUUAGUCCACGCUUUCAUCACAAGCAGAUUGGACUAUUGUAACUCCCUUUUAUACGGACUACCUCACUGCGCCCUCACUAAACUGCAGCGUGUUCAAAACGCAGCUGCAAGAGUUCUAUACCUAGCACCACGGUAUUGCCAUAUCACACCAAUAUUAUACGAAUUACACUGGCUGCCUGUAACGAUUAGAAUAGAAUUUAAGAUUAUUAUAAUCACUCCCAAAGCAAUCCAUGGAACAGCUCCUAAUUAUUUAUCAUCUCUCGUUAACUUUAAACCUAAUUCUUCCUACAGCCUGAGAUCAAAUAACAAAUAUCUGCUUUCAAAUCCAAACGUCAGGACUCUCCCUACUCUUGGUGACCGAGCCUUUGUAGCCGCCGCACCAAAGCUGUGGAAUAAUCUUCCGUUAGAUCUUAGAUGCACCUCCUAUUUUGAAACUUUUAAACGUAAUUUGAAGACUCACCUUUUUAAAAAAGCCUUUUCUGAUAUAAUGUUGUAAUUUAUAGACAAGAUAAUUAUUCAUUCGUGUAAUUUUUAAUUGUAAGGCGCAUUUGAAAACUGUAUAGUUGAAUUUGCGCGGUAUAAAUAAAUGUUCCUAUUUUUAUUAUUAAGAAGGCUGUCCGAACUUUAUUGAAGAAUUUGAAGAAAUUGCCGGAUUUAACCCUCUGAUAGAGUCCGUUACAAUUGCAAGCGCGUGCAAUUUGUUCUAGAGGCGUGAAAAGCUAGAAGAAUAUUUAAUUGCACUGGAGCCGCAGAAUGGAUGGCGUGGAAACCGAGUGAACCAGAGUAAAGUGGCGUUAGAGUGGCUUUAUUUUGAAGACUGGAAAUUAGGAUGUGUAAGUCGAGUGAGACAAGUUCGCAAUGGCCGUGAGGUUAAAGUCUUAACGUCGGCGGAAGAAUAUUUUGUGGAUGGGCAUGACGCAGAAACCAAGACUGUCUGUGAGUUUCACGGUUGCUAUUAUCACGGAUGCAACAAUUGUUUCAAGAAGCGUGAUCUCCGAAGAAAUUGUCACCUAGACAGAACAGUUCAAGAAGUGUACGAAGCCACCCAGCGAAAAACUGAAAUGCUUCGACGGGCCGGUUAUACCGUCAUUGAAAAGUGGGAGUGUGCGUUUAACAAGGACAAGAAAACAGACCCGCAGUUGCAAGAAUUUUUCAAGACCUCUGAGUUUGUAGAGCCACUUAACCCUCGACAUGCGUUCUUUGGAGGACGAAUAGGUGCUGCCUGCCUCUAUGCCAAAGCGGAAGAAGGAGAAGUCAUUAAAUAUGUAAAUGUCACGUCUUUGUACCCCUGGGUAAACAAGUACAAAGAAUAUCCAGUCAGAUUUCCGCUGAUCUACGCGAACCCCAGCGAUCAGAACAUUCAUCAUUAUUUUGGUGUAGCCUUG